UGCUAAUCACAUUGCCACAAUCGCGGGCCGCGUCAAUAACAUUUAAUUUAGGAAUUGGGAAAUGAGAAACACUUGGGGUUCGUGAGUAUCUGCGUAGUUGGUUUGAAGUGAAGGUGCUUUUCUCCAGAAGUAUUUAUUCUUAAAGUUAUUUUAAGGAAGUUCUAUUGAAUUGUGAUAAGCUGAGGAAAUCGUAUUGACGAUGUUCAUAUCGCUGUACCAGGCAUACGAAAAUCCAUCGGUCAAUGGAUAUACCAGUGAACUGCACUUGUUGUUCAAUAGAACUAUAUCUAUAACUACACGAGUGCGUCUUGUUCCAAAUGAAGGGAACACACUGGAGAAGGCCCUAAAUAAAAUUGGCCGUGAGGACAUCGUGAAAAAAUGUAUAUUCAACGUUGAACUGGUAACUGACGACGUUGAGAAGGAGGUAGCAAGGGUCAGACUUGAUCAGCCUGGUUUUGAUUCACUUAAAGAGGAACUCGGACCAUCCAGAGACUCAUCAUUAAGACGAGAUGGCACACUCGGAGAUCGUCAAAGGGGUCUUGAUUACGACGAGCCAGAUCGAAUGAGAGACGCUGAGUCGAUGGAGGAUCUUAAAGCAGUCGGUAACGUGCCGCGCAAACAAAUUGAUGAGAAUAACAUCUUCAGGAGUCGCUAUGAGGACGUGGAAAUAUUCCCGGAUUACGUUCAUCGAUAUGUGUGGAAAAACGUGCACAACUGGUGGGAUAAAAAUGCCCUUGUAUGUGCACAGACUGGGCGAGCAUACACAUACAAAGACCUGAGAGAAUUAUCAGGAAGGUUUGCAACAUCUCUGCGAAGGAGACAAACACUGUCUGAUACAACUCUAGCAGUUAUCCUUCCAAACAUUCCUGAAUAUGGUAUAGUCAUUUUAGGGGCCAGUGAAGCCGGGAUUCGGCUAACGCUGGCAAAUCCUGCCUACACAGCAUUCGAAUUAAGCAGACAGCUUGAAAAUUCAGAUGCCAAUACUAUUAUCACCAACAAUGAAAAUUAUCAUACUAUUAUGGAAGCGAUUAAGAUGGGCAAUAUCUCCAUUCAAUUGCCGUUGAUUGUUGUCACUGAUGAGGGACAUACACCCUCUGGUACCAUCAACUUCCGUGAUCUCAUUUCUGAGGAUGUCGAGGAGUUCGAAAAGACUGGGGAGAAAACCGCUAUUGACGUAAAAAAUGAUACUUUUCUUUUGCCGUAUUCGAGCGGAACAACAGGACUGCCUAAAGGAGUUGAGCUUACUCACAGACAUCUGGUGACCAAUUUGUGCCAACUGGAACACCCAGAUUGCAAUUACAUAGAGCCGGCACGCAAUGGAUUUCAGGACAUUGUACCCGCAUUCCUUCCUCUAUACCAUGUUUAUGGUUUAAAUAUCUCGUUCUUAUGUUGUUUAAGCUACGGUGCACAAAUAAUUUGUAUGCCGAAAUUUACUUCAAAAAAUCUACUGAAUAUACUGGAAAAAUACCGAGCGACAUUAUUAUUUGCCGUGCCGCCCGUGAUUCAAUUAUUAGUUAAUGACGAUAGCUUCAAUGCAAAACAUCUUAAUGCAUUGAAAGUUAUAGUCUCAGCAGCAGCACCUCUCGCUAACGAGUUAAUUACAAAAUUCCGAAAGAAAAUGGGAUGGAGUAUGGCGCUUAUACAGGGUUACGGAUUGACCGAGGUAUCUUCAACUCUAUCAUCGGGAAAGCAUGCGUCCAUGAAUUCAGUUGGUUUUCUCAUUCCUAAUACAGAAAUGAGAAUCAUUAGUCCAGAGAAUAUUUAUGGAAAAAAUCUUGGAGUCGGACAGAUCGGAGAAAUUCUCGUACGUGGGGAGCAAGUGAUGAAGGGCUAUUACAAGAAUGUUAAGGCUACAAAAGAGUGUAUGGAUAACAAUUGGUUUAAAACUGGAGAUCUGGGCUACAUAGAUGAGAUAGGCCAAUUAUUCAUCACUGGGCGUAUAAAGGAACUGAUCAAGGUGCAGGGAUUCCAAGUAUCUCCCAUAGAACUCGAAAAUAUCCUGCACAAUCACAAAUACAUUGCGGAUGCGGCUGUAGUCGGUGUGUCGCAUCCUAAAUUCGGACAAGUGCCAAAGGCAUUUAUUGUGCUGAAAGAAGGUGCUAAAGUCACCGAUGAGGAGAUCAAAAAUUUCGUUGCUAAACGCGUCGUCAAGUACAAACAUCUUGCUGAGGUUGUAUUCAUUGACAAAAUAAUGAAAAGUGCAGCCGGUAAAGUACUCAGGAAGGAGCUCCAGAAGUUGUAAAC